AUGGAACCUACUUUUCCUCUACUACGACUUCCCGAAAAUGCUAUCAUUAAAGUUUUCCAAAACCUACCUUUGGGAACCUUGUUCUUCAUCUCUCUUGUCUCUUCGAAAACUAAAAAGUUCGUGACAUCAUUGGGAUUAAGAGCCAAUCAUGUUGACAUCAGGAUUGACCGUUUAAGUGAAGUAGUUGUGCACACUCAAGCUCCUUAUUUUAAUUUGCCACUUCUACCAUUCACACUAUUAGAGUUCAAGGACUGGAUGAACCAUAUUCGGACUAUUUUCUGUUACACUUCGCCACCGAAUGUUCGUUUUUCUCCAAACCGUGCGAGAUUUAACGUUCAAUCGUUGAAAGAUGCAAUUGGAAAUGUCAACUGGCUUUAUGUGUUUAGAGAAUUGACUAAUGUAAAAAGCAGGGAAGUUUUGAAACAUUUCAAUACUCCCAACAAUUUGUAUCUAAGUAAGAACCCAUUUGAAGAAGUCUCAGAAAUUCAAAAGAUCUUUAUUCAAAACUUCGAAUCAGUUGAAUUUCAUGACUUCUAUUCGUUGGAUGACAUGUUACUGGUCAAUAGUGAAAGUGCCCAUUUCUACCAUCCAACAACUCAGAAACAAUUUAACCGAUUCCUCAAACACUGGAUUCGUGGGUCUAAUCCAAGACUACAAUACAUGUCUCUUUUUGUUCAUAAAACUGAUUCGGUCAGUGGAGAAGUGUAUUUGAAUGGGAUUCGAUGCAUCGUAAUGAGCGAAGACGCAAAAAGAGAAAUCCGACAAAAACACAAGCUGUCAGCUAAUGCCGAUAUGAUUCAGAUCAGACGGAAGGAUGGGACACCUGCAGUGAUUGCGACCAAAGAUGAGAAUAUUCUAUAUGUCCGCUUCAUUGUGUUGUACUAA